CGAAGGAUCGACCAGGGGAUCCACGUCGGGGUUUGGACACGUAUUACGUUGACCUUCACAUUCAGCUAAUCUCUCAAGACUUGGAACAAUGCCAACAUCAGUGAUACCUACACCAAAGAUUAUUUCAGCAGCAGCUCGUAGUCUAGUCGUGGAAUGGGAAACUCAAGAUGAAGUCGAACAGACUGGCACAUAUCAGCUCUCGCGUGGGGAAGAAGCAGACCCUGAACUUUUAGUCGUUUACGAAGGAAGUGAUACCAACGUGGAGAUCCAUGAUUUGAAGCCAGAGACAAGAUAUAGGAUUAAGCUGCGUGUCAGGGAGAGUCCGGAGCUCGGUGGCGACUGGAGCAAGGAAUAUGCUGAGAUCGAGGGCAGAACGACAGAUGAGACCCUUUCGGCACGCCUUACAAAUCAGCUCUUUCGUGCUGUUGGAAAUAAUGAUGCUGAAGCUAUCCGACGAAUUACCUCCGACCAUGGAAAGGAAGUUAGCCUAGAGAUGAGGGAUCGAUUUGGCAAAACUAUGCUUAUGAACGCUUGUCAAAGCGCCUCACGGGGCGUUGUGGAAGCCCUGCUCAAAGCCGGAGCUUCUGACACCGCGACCACGCGCUCUGGAAAAACGCCUCUCAGUCUCGCAGCUACCUAUGGGAACCUCCGCGCUGUAGAGGCUCUGCUAGACCGUUCAACGGAGACUCUGGACAGCCAAGAUCUGGGCGGUUCCACGCCUCUGAUGUGGGCGGCGGAGAACGCAACAUCCAAGCACCCACAUGGUGUGGCUAUCGUUGAGCUACUCCUUGAUAAGGGGGCAAGUGUUAAUAUUGAGGACGCGCGACAGCAAACCGCACUAGACCGCCUGUGCGCAACAUCAGGGAGUAUCAGUGCCGCAAGAGCCAUGUUGGAGAAAGGAGCCAGAAUCAUCACGGAGGUGGACAAGCACAACAAUGUACAUAUGACAACCUUGAUGUCAGCCGCCCUAAAUGGUCAUAGAGAUCUGUGCGUGGAGCUUAUGGAUAGAUGGGGAGUAGAUCCAAGAGCAAGGACGGAAUUUGGGAACUGCUAUUAAAUUUGCAGAGCAAGGAGGACAUACCGACGUGGCUCAUGCCAUUAAUGAAAGAAUCAAAAGAUGGGAGGAAGAUGAAAAUCGCUGAUGCUAUCUUUACGCAGACUUUUAUGCUCAAAUAUGCAUUGAUAUAUCUAAAUGCAAAAGAUAUAAAUAUCGCCAAAAUCGC